GAGGGUUUCCGGCGGCCGGCUCCUCUUUCCACAAUCCACGCCAGCAAUGGCGACUCCCAAGAGAAUUUACUCGCCUCUGUCGGAGAUCCCCGCCCACCUCUUGGAGCAGAUAUUCCUCCGGCUGCCCGACCCAGAAGACCUCGCCCGCACCUCCGCCGUCUGCGUUACCUUCCGCCGCCUCCUCACCGACGGCUCAUUCCUCCGCCGAUUCCGGCGCCUCCACCCACCACAAGUCCUCGGCAUCCUCGACCUCGGCGGGUUCCACCCCGCUCAGCCGCCUCACCCGUCGGCGCCCGCCGCCCGCGCGCUCGCCCUGGCCGCUGACUUCUCCUUUUCGUUCCUGCCUUCGCGCCGCCGAUGGGCCGUCCGGGCCGUCCGCGACGGCCGCGUCCUCCUCGUCCGCAAGCAAAACAUGAUGGCCGGGGAGCUCUCGAUGUUCCCGGAUCUUGUGGUGUGCGACCCCUUGCACCGGCGGUACAUCCUGCUUCCCCCACUGCCUGACGACCUAGUGGCAUCGGUGGAGAGGCAAGAUGACGAAUUUUUAGGGUGGUCUUGCGAGCCCAGCUUCAUCCCACCUAGCGAUGAGGAGGCUGCCCUGGCGGAAGAGACGGCGUUCAGAGUGAUCUGGUCGGCAUGUUGCAAAACCAAUAUGGCCGUGUUUGUCUUCUCUUCGACCACUGGGCAAUGGCGAGCCGCUGCAUCCCAGGCCUGGAGUGAUCUGGUCAUUAACAGGAAGCCUUUGUAUUUUAUCAGGCGCCAUUUGGUGGACGGAUGCGUCUACUGGGUCUCGCCGAUGAACAAUACAGAUUUGCUUGUGCUUGACACCAGGACUAUGGAGUUCUCCGUUGCUGACCUCCCACCCGGAGAAUGGAGCCAGCAGGAUAUAGCUAUUGUGGAUGCAGGGGAAGGCAGACUUGGGAUGUUUUGUGUAGAUGAUGAAAAUGCAAGUGAUAAAUCUUAUCUCUGUUAUACCAUCAGGCAAAACAGAGGCGAGAGCUCUGGCGAGUGGCAGAUGGAGAAAAUCUCACUAGGUUCUGGGUAUCGGUAUUGUAUCGGAGGUGGAACAGAGAAGUACUUGAUCCUACAAAGGAUAGAAGCCCAGAAGUACUUAUCGCUAACACCACCAAUCAUGGAAUUUUGCAAACUGGAUGUCAGGACAAUGCAGGUUGAGAGGAUUUGUGCUGAAUCUUGCGGGUUCUCUGGGUCUAAAGCGUUCAUAUAUACCAACUUCCCACCGUCGUUGUUGUCUUUACCGACAGUAUGAAUCGAGUCGAUUGAUGGAGCCAUAGUGAGUCAGAUGAACAUCCUCGUCCUCACAACUCUGGGUGGUUGCAAUUUCGGCAGCGUGGACUCCGCGUAGAUGUGAUCACCUUGCCUGCAAGAGGACAUGAUUUAAUCUACAGUGGACUCACUGAGUUCAGUGCUUAUGCCUCAUUGCUAUAUACAGUAUGUUGUUUUUCCUGUGUGUAUGUAACAUCGACUGUGUGGCUACUCCCUCGUGAAACUAAGAACGCGACACUGGGAUUCAAUCAACAGCUGUGACCGGUGUUCGCAAAUGACAUUGAGAGAGGUGGUGUCUAUUUUAUUUAUU